AUGGCUCCCCACGCCCAAGUCGCCGCGGCCGAGUCCAGCGGCCCGGGCCUCACAAGCGGCACGGCCUCAUUCGUCGUCAACUCUCCCAACGUCAGCUACACUGACGCCGAGAUCAAGGCCCAGUACACCUACCGCACCACCAGCGUCGACGCCGAUGCCCAUGGAAACCUCGUCGCCACGCCCCGCGAGGUGCUCUACGACUUCAAGGUCGACCGCCGCGUCCCCCGGGUCGGCAUGAUGCUCGUCGGCUGGGGCGGCAACAACGGCACCACCGUCACCGCCGGCAUCCUCGCCAACCGCCGCGGCCUCGCCUGGGAGACCAAGGAGGGCCCUCGCGCCGCAAACUACUACGGCUCCGUCGUCAUGGGCUCCACCAUGAAGCUCGGCACCCAUGCCAAGUCCAACAAGGACGUCAACAUUCCCUUCCGCAACGUCCUGCCCAUGGUGCACCCCAACGACCUUGUCAUUGGCGGCUGGGACAUUAGCAAGAUGGACCUGGCCCAGGCCAUGGACCGCGCCCAGGUCCUCGAGCCCACCCUCAAGGCCCAGGUCAAGAAGGAGAUGGCGGCCAUGGUGCCGCUUCCCUCCAUCUACUACCCGGACUUUAUCGCCGCCAACCAGGAGGACCGCGCCGACAACGUCAUCGAGGGCACCCGGGCCUCGAUGGCGCACGUCGACCACCUGCGCAACGACAUUCGCAACUUCAAGGCCACAAACGGCCUCGACAAGGUCAUUGUCAUGUGGACGGCCAACACGGAGCGGUAUGCCGACGUCGUGCCCGGCGUCAACGACACGGCCGACAACCUGCUCCGGUCCAUUGAGCAGGGCCACGACGAGGUGUCGCCGUCGACCGUCUUUGCCGUCGCCUGCAUCCUCGAAAAGGCGCCUUUUAUCAACGGCUCGCCCCAAAACACCUUUGUGCCCGGCGCCGUGCAGCUGGCCGAGAAGCACGGCGCCUUUAUCGGCGGCGACGACUUCAAAUCUGGCCAGACCAAGAUGAAGUCGGCCCUCGUCGACUUUCUCAUCAACGCCGGCAUCAAGCUGACGUCGAUUGCCAGCUACAACCACCUGGGCAACAACGACGGCAAGAACCUGAGCUCGCAGAGGCAGUUUCGCUCCAAGGAGAUUUCAAAGUCCAACGUCGUCGACGACAUGGUCGAGGCCAACUCGGUUCUGUACAAGGAGGGCGAGCACCCGGACCACUGCGUCGUCAUCAAGUACAUGCCCGCCGUGGCUGACAACAAGCGCGCCCUGGACGAGUACUAUGCCGAGAUCUUCCUCGGCGGACACCAGACCAUCUCCCUGUUCAACAUUUGCGAAGACUCGCUGCUGGCGUCGCCCCUCAUCAUCGAUCUCGUCAUCCUUGCCGAGAUGAUGACUCGCAUCCAGUGGCGGGCCUCGGGCGUCGACGGCUACAAGAACUUCCACAGCGUCCUGAGCGUCCUCAGCUACAUGCUCAAGGCUCCAUUGACACCCCCGGGCACCCCCGUCGUCAACUCGCUCGCCAAGCAGCGUGCCGCCUUGACCAACAUCUUUCGUGCCUGCGUUGGUCUCGAGCCCGAGUCGGACAUGACGCUCGAGCACAAACUCUUGUAG